ACACGACGGGACGCACGCGAAGCGAAGCCCCGACCUGGCCAGUACGUUGCGUGUCGGCUCCGCAACUCCACGCGCCGCGCCACCGCUGUGCCAUAAAACUGCCCCGUCGCAACUUGGAGAUAUAAGUGCACAACUGACGGAUAUUCCGUGAAUCUCCGAACAGUGCUUCCAACCAACUAAAGUAACGGACCGCCCGCGUGCACCCUAGCCACGUUCAUGUGGUUUUGGGACAUUUGUGCCAGGAAAAAUAAACAUAGCACUCCGGAGCUACCAAAGAGAGCGGCGCCGUGCUGGCGCCCACCUCCGCCCACCUAUUGAUGACACAAUAAAUUGUGAUGCUGACACGAACAGGACCUUACAGGAAAUUGCGUCCUAGAGGACGACGAAGGACGUUAUAGCAAAAACUAGUUUUUUAAAAGUGCAAGUGCCUAUUCUUCUAUGAUGGUGGCUAAUCGGAGAAACUUUAUAUUUAGAGUUAGCAUUGUGAUCAAUAUUGCAGUACUGUUUUACGCAGCACUGCAUCUAUCUGGGAAUAAUCCUCCUGGCGUAGAAUGGGUGCAAAUAACGUCGGAUGGCUCAGAAAGAAGUGCAGAGUUGAGGUACUCGACCAAAGAAGAAUCGAUUGUUCGAAACGAGACCGAAACGAGGACAGUGGAAUCUGGUGUUAGAAUAGUUGAAGAACUCACAUCACAGAUAACUCCAUCUACGAUGCCUUCAACUAACAAGACAACAUCGAGCACUGCUUCUAUUGCAGAAGUAGAGUCGAAAAUUGCAAAAUGGCAGGAUACAGCAUCGGAGGCAGAACUGACGAAUGAGACCCUGGAUAUAGUAGAUGAAAACGCCGUUUCAGAUACGACUCUCUCCCGUCUGCGGUCGUUGUUAGCUUGCAAUGAUAAGGAUUUUCGACCCGAAUAUCUCCAAAGAGGAGAGUACUGGGUGCUGAAGAACUAUGUGCGCGCGGAUCAUGGAGACCUACAAUGUCACGAGACCAUUACGUACACGACGCAUGCCGGCUUUGAGUUCCUUGAUAACGUCCAGCCUUUGGUCGAACGAUGGCUAGCUCCCGUGAGUUUGGCUAUUCACGCUCCAGGCGCGGACAUGACCGCUGCUGUGAACAGCAUCAGAUACCUGCGGGACUGCCUGGGCAACGAACUCAUCCGGCAGUACGUCACGUUCCACAUCUUCUUCUCCAAUAAACAUAUACCUGCUAAGAUUCCAGACCCGAACAAAUUUCUGGCGACUCCUUACAAUUGCACACUUUCACCACCGUACACGAAUGUGAAUGUUAGCAACACCUACAUGAAGCAGAAGAGUCUAUUGUACCCGGUGAAUGUCGCUCGGAACGUUGCAAGAGAUUCGGCCUUGACACACUUUAUCUUGCCUUCAGACAUAGAGCUGUAUCCGAGUCCCAAUCUCGCUCCAAGAUUCCUUAAUAUGAUUGCGAGGAACGCCAAGCCUUUGAAUACUUCCACCAACCCAAGAGUCUUUCCAAUAAGCCUCUUUGAAGUCGCCACCAAUAUCCAAGUGCCAUCGACCAAAACGGAACUGCAGGCGAUGUUAGCGAAGAAAACCGCAAUUCCUUUCCACAAGUACGUGUGUCCGUAUUGCCACAACAUACCUCAAGGAGAACAAUGGAUGAAUGCAUCGGAAACUUCGCAAAUGGAUGUAUUUCACAUUGGGAAGAGACGAGGAAAAUUUGUUCAUUGGGAACCAAUAUUUAUUGGAACUCAUCAAGAUCCCCAUUACGAUGAACGACUGAGUUGGGAAGGCAAGAAGGAUAAAAUGACACAGGGCUACAUCCUUUGCGUCAAAGAUUACGACUUUAUGAUUCUUAACAACGCUUUCCUCAUCCACAAACCCGGUAUUAAACGCUACGUCAAAGACGCGAAAAGAGAUUUUCUUACUUCUAAACAAGGAAGCUUCGUUAAAAAUGUCAUAAUGCCAGAACUCAAGAAACUUUUUGGAACAAAGAGUGGGUGCGCGCUGUGACGAAGAUGCAAAGUUGUUAAAAUCUUUGGAAACGUACCAAGAGCAAAUGUUUGAAAAUAUAUCUUGAUCCGAUAAGAAAAGGAUUCGCCGGGAUGAUGUAUAGUGUAGAAAAUUGAACAAUAAAGCCAUCCUUAUGUACAGGAUGCAAAUUGCCUCAUAUUGAAUUUUAUAAAUAUUAGAAUUGAACAUAUCAUUUUGAAUAGAAGAAGAUACGCUAGAUGUAGCAACAGAGAAUUGAAUUUCUAUCAAGUAAAUGAUUCUUGAGAUAAAACAAACAAAAUGUGACGAAUUAAGAAUAGUGGUCACAUUCACAUUUAGUGACCAUUUCUUUCCCAGGAAAGGUAAAUUAUUUUUAUAACAAUAUUCUUACCAAAAUGUUCUUACUAAAAAUGUGGCCUUAUCAACUUUUAAAGUGUCGUCGUACAAUAUUUGUAGGAACUUAUCGGCCUAGGAUUCACAAUUAUUUAAUCUACAAAUCCCUUCACAUCGGAACUGCCAUGAUAAUGUGAGUUUAUGAGCAAUAACAGAUUAAAAUUGAAAUAUAGUCUAAAUUACAUACAAACAUUACUAUUUACAGUUUGAUUUCAAGUUUUUGGAUUCAUCGUCUGUGAACAUGGUAAUAGAAAAGCAAUAAAAACUUUCCAUUGCAAUGGCUUCCAUUAAAAUGAUUCUUUAAAAAUAAAAUCUGUAUCUUUAUAAUGUUAUCUUAAAUACUCCAUAUUCCAUAUCACCAUCCCUAGUUCCUAGAUACUGGUACCUCGUACAUACAUUACAGGACCAAAGAUUAAUCCCAUAUUAUAAGUAUUUCUAUAACAAAACGUCAAAAGCAAAAACUAGUCGAUCAUAACGAACAUCUACUAAAUCCAAAAUAAUAUUUUUAUGAAGCAAAAUAGCAAUGCAAUAAAAAAAAUUCAAUGAAUAGCCACAAAAUACCUAAGCUCUUAUUGUAGACGUUGAGCUAUUGGUGUAAGUAAAUGAAUGUAUGUGAAUUACGUCCUUGUUGCCGACGUUGCCGUUAGUCCGAUAAAAUGUUGUAUAUAUGUCGGCUGACCUAGAUGAUUAUUGCAGAACCCUUCAUAUCAAGAAAAGUAUAGAAAAUUUCAAACGUUCCAUGUAAGUAUGUAAUCUAAUUAAUUUAUCUGUAAAAAUAAACAACAGACAGCAAAGAAAUAUAAAGCUCUGGAAUUGAUUAUGAAAAUAAUAAAAGUAGUUGACUUAUGUAGAUGCCAUCUACUAUUUACUGUGUUUUACUUUCGUUUGUAUGAAAAAUCUGUUACUGAUGUAUAUUGGUUUGGUUUGUUUCCUAAUAACAUUACCUACUGUUUUACAGUUAUUGAAUUCUUGUAGUAUAAUUAUAUUUUAGUAUUUAUUGAUGCUAGGAAAUGCAAAUAAGAUUAUAUCACGUUUACGUUCGCCAAUUUUAAACCUGGGGGACUGGAGCUUUUGUCCAUAAAUAGCAAAAAAUAUUAAAAUAAAGUGAUAUACUCGUAUAAGUAAUCUCUAAUUGAUAAGUGAACAUUCAACUCAAUAUCGCACUCGAGUUGUGCCAUUUUGAUAGGGCAGUGAUGCGUUUAUUUAUGCCCGCCACCGUGAACUCUGUUUACCCUAUAAGGAAUAAAGACGUGAUACGUGUGUGUGUAUGUAUAUUAGAAUUAUACUUGAAUAAAGCUAUCUAUUUCCAACUAUUUCUUUUUCUAUCUUUUUGCUUAUACACAUAUUUUAAUGAAAGAUUAUAUUAAGUUAAUUUAAGUCUUCUUAUUGUGAUUUGUUUCCAUAAUUUUUUAGGAAUUUAAAAAAGUUGUGUCUUGUGAUUUCCGAAAAGUAUGUUUGGUCCUAUAAUGUAAAAUGUUAAAGUUAGCCGUUAACUAUUUGCAAGAUGAAGUCAAAAUCAAUCCAAUAAUUUUGCUAUUAUUUGUAUCAAAUGUUUAAGUUAUAUUGUAAAUUAUGUUUUCAAACUGUUGAUAAUCAAUAUUUAAAUUGUUUUCAUUUGGUGAAUUUUCAUUUCACCUUGUAAGUAGUGCACAUCAUACGUUGGCCUAACUGAUGAUGUUAAAUAAUAGGUAUUAUUCAUUAAGAAUAUAAUGAGUGUUAAACUUACCACGUUCGAUUUUAGUAUAAUUUCAAAUAGUAAUUAAGUAUUUUUUAAGCAUUCUGUUAGGUUUUUUACGUUAAGCACCAAUAUAUUAAGAAAAGAAAAUAUAGAUUUUUUUUGAUUUGUACAAUGCUAAUCUGUUGUAUAACAACUUUAAACCAACUUUUAAAAAACUUAUUACAUGAAAUUUUUCAAAAAAAUUGACAGUCCAUAACACAUUUUUAAUAAAACAAAACUAGGAAUCUUAAAAUGUUAAGUAUCAUAAAAUAUUUACGUUGAUACUAUGUUGAAACAACAAGUUAUAAAAUUAAAAUCAGCUUUGAAAAAUAGUCAUUAGUUUAAGUUAGUGGGGUUUGAUAUAAAAAAAAUGUGCAAAAUGGGAUUUUUUGAAUUCAAUUUAAUAGGAAAAAACCUAUUUUAAUAAAUCAAUAUAUUGGAAGUUUGUUCUGUUCUUUAAUACCAAAAGUAGGUAACAGGCGCAGGCACUGUUUUGAAAAUUGUAGUUGUUUUUAUAUUUUCCAUUAUCCAAGAUAUCACACAAUAUUUUGAUUUAGUAUUUUAGUCUGGUAAGUUAUAGCUAUAUUGGGUUUUGGUAACGGUUUAUGCAUGUGGUGAGUUUUCACUCUUUAGCAAUUAUGUAUAAUUGCAAUUUAUUCUAAAGUCUCUCAAUGUGAUCAUUUACGAAAAUGUAUUUAUGUAUUAAGAAUGUAAUUUUUAUAUAAACGAUUUAAUACAAUCUACAGGCAUACUUGUACUCUUUAAAAAAUUGAAAUAAAAGAAAUAAAAUUUA